CAGAUAUGAAAGGAUUUAUUGACGUUCAUUUCUUUUUAGUUCCUUUUAUGACGAAAUAUAAUUAUUUUCUUGCUGAAUUAUUCUACGGAAAGAAAUCAAGACGAUUGAAAUUCGGGAAUUCACUGCGCCAACCUGAAAAAAGUUCCUUCCUAAUCUAAUAAUUUCUCGCGACCGUCAUGGAGAAACUUUUGGAUUUACUUCCACGAUACGAAACCAUGAAAAUGUUACGAAAAUUCAGUGAGACUUUCCUCCUUGUUCUCGAUUAAGCGAAGUAGAUGAAUUGAUUACUUAAAUCGAGCAUUUCACCUGAGGGAAGAAUUUGAAAUUUGCAAAUACCAUGAUUAAACUUCUCCAUGCUUGUACAUCGUAAGCUCGUAGUUUUUUUUGCGCGCGUUUUAUUCUGGGUCACUCUGUGUUAUUCUGUGUCAUUCUGUCGAUUAAGUCGUCCUUUGGUGUACCUCAGUUAUCUUUAAAUUAUUCUAUACAGCUAAUACGUAUUCGACUCUAUAAAAGAAACGAAACUUUUUUUUCUCUAUUUCAGUGGAUCCAGGGCCAAAGAAAAGAAAAUGUGAUAGUCCACUUGGUAUAUUCUAGUGAGCGAAACAUCUCAUUAGCUGCUUGGUUAUAUAUAAAAAAUUGUAAAACAUUAAAAUUUGAAGUGUUUGGUCCGACUAUGACUCAUCAAUACCGGCCGGAGCAAAACGGAUUAAAUAUAAUUCAAGGGGUAAUUGCAAAGGAAGCUCUCAAUUACGUCAGAAGAAUACUGCAAUCGCGACGACAAAUUGCGUUAUCCUACAAACAAAAAUUGAUUUUAAAAAGCGACAGCUGACAGAAGAAAGGGAAUAAGCAUCAGACUGUAUUUCUUUGAUCGUUCUAAUGUUCAAAAUGGCCACAACUGGACUCCAGCGGGUUCCUCUUUCAAUGAGAGGAAUUGAAAAUUGUUUUACUUUCGUCAAACCGAUUUCUGAGGUCGAUUUCUUGAGAGGUUUUUUGUGCGGAAUUGCACAGCCACGGCGAACAGGGACUUCCUUGUUUUCCACAAAUGCCAUUCUAAAUCAAAGUACAUCAGAAGUCCAACAACCAACGCCAGUGGUAACCACUCCAUCCAAGGAAACAGCCAUCAGUCAUUUUGGUAAAAAUGGAAGCACAACUGGGGAUGAAGCCUACAGAAUGCCACACCCAGUCUGGACGGCAGAGGAUGUCCGCAGCGUGAAAAUUACUCACCAAAAACCACAAAAGUUUGUGGAUGAGCUUGCAUACAAAAGUGUUCAGGCCUUGAGAGCAGCAUUCGACAUCAUAUCAUUGUAUCGCUUCAUGGAGCUCGACGAAAACCGCUGGCUCAAUCGGAUCAUUAUGUUAGAGACAAUAGCAGGAGUUCCUGGAAUGAUUGCUGGCAUGACAAGACACUUCCACGCGCUUAGGAGGCUCCAGAGAGAUAAUGGAUGGAUACACACACUUCUGGAGGAGGCUGAAAACGAGAGAAUGCACUUGAUGACAGCCCUGGAAAUGAAGCAACCUGGGAUUUUAUUUCGGGGAGCAAUUCUCCUAGCUCAAGGAACGUUUGUAAACCUGUUUUUCUUGGCCUACCUGAUAAGCCCCAAGUUUUGCCACAGAUUUGUUGGUUACCUGGAGGAGGAAGCUGUUAAAACGUAUACUCAUUGUAUUGAGUGUAUCGACAGCGGUAAGUUGCCUCUGUGGGAAAAUCUUUUGGCUCCCAAGAUUGCUGUUAAUUACUGGAAAUUACCGGAGGGUUCAAGGAUGCGUGACGUCAUUUUGGCCAUUCGAGCUGACGAAGCUCAUCACCGAGUUGUCAAUCAUACUCUUAGUUCCUUGCCGCUAUGUGCACCAAACCCAUUCCAUCCCGGAGAAAAAAAGCUUUGAGGAGACUGAGGCCAAGAAAUAGAACAUAAAUCGUUCAGAUUUCAAGGAGCUGUCAGUGCCCUUCCUUAUGUUCUCUCUUACUUACGUCUAAUUUAAUGUUUCACAUACAGAGAAAGGAUCGCAAAGACAGAUAGGGGGAUCAAAGUCUCCUUGUAACCAAUGGAGGUGGAUAAAAUAUAGGGUCUUUGUUUCAGUGUUUGUGUUAGGAAUCGAAGAGGGAGAGCAGUAGGACUAAGCUGUCUUUAAGGGUGUCGUUCUCUACACUGGGAACGAUGCUGCAAUAUUGUGUAAACCGAGUAAUGUAUUUUGUAACGUAGCUCAUGUACUUAUUUGAGCUAUCUCUUUGUUAAAAUUAACCAUUUUUUUAUUUCAAUUCCUGAGCUUUGAUUGGUUUACAGGCCAGGUUAUACGAGUUCGUAUUAAAAAAUCUUUCUCGUGGAAUAAAUUGCUAUUUCGUGCGGUCUUUCGCAGAUCUUA